AUGAACCUGUUUGUGGCGUUCAUACUGAAAGCCAUGGCUGUGUUCAUCAAAGAUGUGGUUUUAUACGAGGUCGCGGAAUCUGACUGCCAAUCUGAAACUGUAAGUCCAUGCUGUUUUGUUGUGCCACUGGUUACCAUGGAGACCUGGGUCAAAUCUGUACAACUCAAAUACUUGAAAGUAGUCUACAUACACUGAGUGUACAACACAUUAAAGAACACCGUCCUAAUAUUGAGUUGCACUCCCCUUUACCCUCAGAACAGCCUCAAUUCUUCGGGGCAUGGACUCUACAAGGUGUCGAAAGCGUUCCACAGGGAUGCUGGCCCCAUGUUGACUCCAAUGCUUCCCACAGUUGUUUCAGUUGGCUGGAUGUCCUUUGGGUGGUGGACCAUUCUUGAUACACACGGGAAACUGUUGAGCGUGAAAAACCCGGUGCAUCUGGCACCUACUACCAUACCUCAUUCAAAAGCACUUAAAUCUUUUGUCCUGCCCAUUCACCCUCUUAAUGACUCACAUACACAAUCCAUGUCUGUUGUCUCAAGGCUUUAACAUCCUUCUUUAACAUGUCUCCUCCCCUUCAUCUACACUGAAGUGGAUUUAACAGGUGACAUCAAUAAAGGAUCAUAUCUUUCACCUGGAUUCACCUGGUCAGUCUAUGUCAUGGAAAGAGCAGGUGUUCCUAAUGUUUUGUACCAUCAGUGUAUAUUUGACCCAGCUCUGUAGUGUUUCAUGUAUUCUGCACCUUUUGACAUUGUCAAUAGAUGCUGUCUUCACAAUGUUGCUGUGCAUUUACAAGGGGUUCAACAACACGGUAGCUGCAGAAUGCCUCACCUUGAUUAGAGGGAGGGGUUCAACAACACGGUAGCUGCAGAAUGCCUCACCUUGAUUAGAGGGAGGGGGUAUAAUGUAAACACUGUAUUGUUUGUUGGAUACUUUCCUUUAUUAUUGAUUUCCUUCCUCAUGCAACAAUAUGUUAACAUGCCUGUCUUAGAGGCCCCAGUCAACUGUCACAACUCUCUCUCUCUCUCUCUCUCGCUCUCUCGCUCUCUCGCUCUCUCUCGCUCUCACUCUCUCACUCUCUCUCUCUCUCUCUCUCACUCCCUCUCUCUCUCUCUCUCUCUCUCUUCGCUCUCUCUCGCUCUCUCUCGCUCUCUCUCGCUCUCUCUCGCUCUCUCUCGCUCUCUCGCUCUCUCUCGCUCUCUCGCUCUCUCUCUCUUUCCCUCUCUCUCUCUAUCGCUCAUUUGAUUCAUUACUCAAACAGAGUGCUGUUGCCUUGUGUUCCUUCCUGGGUAAAGUUUUGACCUGAGCGUUGCUUUCCAGGGCUCUUUUAUAGCAAACAGGGUGUAACAGUGUUUGUCGACUCAUUGGAGAGUUUCCCCUAAUGAAGUCAUGCAACAGGAUGUUAGGGAGAGUUCCUGUUUGCUAAACACUCAGAAGUGACUAUUGGUGAGGUGAGCUGCCUGGCUGAGAGACAGAGGAGGGCUGGCGUUUGGCUAUGAAUCACAUUGAAAGUUUUCCAAGUGCAGUCAGUAAACUCUGCAACAGCUGCAAAUCCAGAAUAACUAAUUAACUCACCGUUAAACCUUAGCCAUGCUAUUGGUGUUUUAUGUUGGAUGAAGAGGGACUAGAACCACAGACACUACCGUUCAAAAGUUUGGGGUCACUUAGAAAUGUUCUUGUUUUUCAAAAGAAACUAGCCCUACUGCCAGUCGAGACCUUGCAGAUCUGAGAGGAUUGUAUAAAGUGGAAUCAAUAAUGUGACAUUUACACCCAUUCUGAGAGCAAGCCUGUUAUUAUAAAUUCUGCUUAUAUCCCUCGGAAUCCCAGAAGGCCUAGAGUUGCUAGGAAGUAGAGUGUAGGCGGGGCUAGGGGGUCGAUUUAGUUCAUUCAGAAUAUACACUACCGUUCAAAGGUUUGGGGUCACUUAGAAAUGUCCUUGUUUUCGAAAGAAAAGCAACUUUUUUGUCCAUUAAAAUAACAUCAAAUUGAUCAGAAAUACAGUGUAGAAAUUGUUAAUGUUGUAAAUGGCUUUUGCAGUUGGAAACGACUGAUUUUUUAUGGAAUAUCUACAUAGGCGUACAGAGGCCCAUUAUCAGCAACCAUCAGUCCUGUGUUCCAAUGGCACGUUGUGUUUGCUAAUCAAAGUUUAUCAUUUUAAAAGGGUAAUUGAUCAUUAGAAAACCCUUUUGCAAUUAUGUUAGCACAGCUGAAAAAUGUUGUGCUGAUUAAAGAAGCAAUAAAACUGGCCUUCUUGAGACUAGUUGAGUAUCUGGAGCAUCAGCAAUUGUGGGUUCUAUUACAGGCUCAAAAUGGCCAGAAACUAAGAACUUUCUUCUGAAACUCGUCAGUCUAUUCUUGUUCUGAGAAAUGAAGGCUAUUCCAUGCGAGAAAUUGCCAAGAAACUGAAGAUCUCGUACAACGCUGUGUACUACUCCCUUCACAGAACAGCGCCAACUGUCUCUAACCAGAAUAGAAAGAAGAGUGGGAGGCCCCGGUGCACAACUGAGCAAGAGGACAAAUAAAUUAGAGUGUCUAGUUUGAGAAACAGACGCCUCAUAGGUCCUCAACUGGCAGCUUCAUUAAAUAGUACCCGCAAAACACCAGUCUCAACGUCAACAGUGAAGAGGCGACUCCGGGAUGCUGACCUUCUAGGCAGAGUUGCAAAGAAAAAGCCAUAUCUCAGACUGGCCAAUAAAAAUAAAAGAUUAAGAUGGCCAGUCUGAGAUAUGGCUUUUUCUUUGCAACUCUGCCUAGAAGGUCAGCAUUUUUGAGCCUGUAAUCAAACCCACAAUUGCUGAUGCUCCAGAUACUCAACUAGUCUCAAGAAGGCCAGUUUUAUUGCUUCUUUAAUCAGCACAACAGUUUUCAGCUGUGCUAACAUAAUUGCAAAAGGGUUUUCUAAUGAUCAAUUAGCCUUUUUAAAAUGAUAAACUUUGAUUAGCAAACACAACGUGCCAUUGGAACACAGGACUGAUGGUUGCUGAUAAUGGGCCUCUGUGCGCCUAUGUAAAUAUUCCAUUAAAAAUCAGCCGUUUCCAGCUACAAUAGCCCUUUACAACAUUAACAAUUUUCUACACUGUAUUUCUGAUCAAUUUGAUGUUAUUUUAAUGGACAAAAAAAGUUGCUUUUCUUUCGAAAAACAUGGACAUUUCUAAGUGACCCCAAACCUUUGAACGGUAGUGUAUAUUCUGAAUGAACUAAAUCGACCCCCUAGCCCCGCCUACACUCUACUUCCUAGCAACUCUAGGCCUUCUGGGAUUCCGAGGGAUAUAAGCAGAAUGUAUAAUAACAGGCUUGCUCUCAGAAUGGGUGUAAAUGUCACGUUAUUGAUUUCACUUUAUACAAUCCUCUCAGAUCUGCAAGGUCUCGGCUGGCAGCAGGGCCAGGUUUUGUUACGCAGCAAUGGUAUACAUCUCAUACCUACAGUGCCUUCACAAAGUGUUCACACCCCUUGACUUUUUCCCGCAUAUUGUUGUGUUACAGCUUGAAUUUCAAAAUUUGAUUAAAUUAAGAUGUUUUGUCACUGGCCUACACACAAUACCCCAUAAUGCCAAAGUGGAAUUAUGUUUUUAGACAUUUUUUUACAGAUUAAUUCAAAAUGAAAAGCUGAAAUGUCUUGAGUCAAUAAGUGUUCAACGCCUUUGUUAUGACAAGCCUAAAUAAGUUCAGGAGUAAACAUUUGCUUAGUCACAUAAUAAAGUUGCAUGGACUCAUUCUGUUGCGCAAUAAUAGUGUUUAACAUGAUUUUUGAAUGACUAACUCGUCUCUGUACCCCACACAUACAAUUAUAUGUAAGGUCCCUCAGUCGAACAGUGAAUUUCAAACACAGAGACCAGGGAUGUUUUCCAAUGCCUCGCAAAGAAGGGCACCUGUUGGUAGAUGGGUAAAAAAAACAGACAUUGAAUAUCCCUUUGAGCAUGGUAAAGUUAUUAAUUACACUUUGGAUGGUGUAUCAAUACACCCAGUCACUACAAAGAAACAGGCAUCCUUCCUAACUGAGAUGCCGGAGAGGAAGGAAACUGCUCAGGGAUUUCACCAUGAGGCCAAUAGUGACUGUUUACAGAGUUUAAUGGCUGUGAUAGGAGAAAACUGAGGAUGGAUCAACAACAUUGUAGUUACUCCACAAUACUAACCUAAUUUACAGAGUGAAAAGAAGGAAGCAUGUACAGAAUCAAAAUAUUCCACAAUAUUUUCAGGGUUGUGAAUUUUUAUGUAAAUUAGAUAUUUAUGUAUGUCAUUUUCAAUACAUUUGCAGAAAUUUCUAAAAACAUGUUUUCGCUUUGUCGUUAUGGGAUAUUGUGUGUAGAUGGGUGUGGAAAAAAACACACAAUUUAAUCCAUUUCGAAUUCAGGCUUUAAUACAACAAAAUGUGGAAUAAGUCAAGGGGUAUGAAUACUUUCUGAAGGCACUGUACAUACCAUGGAUCUAUGUUUAUUAGCUUUAAGUGUGACGGAUGGUUUGAUGUCCAACGGCUGGCUAUGUUUUUAACGACAGUCUGAGCAGAGUUGUCUCCUCCAGUGGAGUGCUGCUCCAUGAUAUAUACUGUACAUUAACAGGGGGGUAAACACAGCUGGCAACCCUUAGAGCCAGCGGGGACAGGUACCCUCACAGAAGACAUGUUUGAAGACAGACCUUUAGGAGACAGUUGUAGAAGAACCUUACAGGAGAGGAGACGUGUAGUGUUGACGCUAUACAAGAAUCACAUAUUUCAUAACCACUGUCUAAUGCAGUGUUUCUCAAUCCUGGUUCCCGGGGACCCAAACGAGGUGCACAUUUUGUGUUAUUGUCCUAGCACUCACACACCUGAUUCAAAUCAAAGGCUUGACGAGUUGAAUCAAGUGUGUGUGAAUACAAAAAAACGUGCACCCCUUUGGCUCCUCAGGACCAGGAUUGAGAAACACUGAUCUAAUCUAACAUGUAGACAGCACUUAGAAACAGCUUGCCCAGGACUCCCCAGGACCAGGAUUGAGAAACACUGAUCUAAUCUAACAUGUAGACAGCACUUAGAAACAGCUUGCCCAGGACUCUUAGGGGAUACAUUUUAUAUAUAGAGAGGGACCCUCAGAAACAGCUUAUAGAGAAGACAUGUAAACUCUUUAGAACUUACUCUGGGAUAGCUCAUAACCACUAUCUAAUCUAACAUUACAGUGGUGGUUUUGUAGAACGACAGUUAGUUUGAGAUGUAUAUUGUUUGAUUACCUAGGGAUUGAAUGUUUAUAAACAGACUGAGAAAAUGUGGCGUCAUAUGUAUGGUAAAAAGAGAGUGCUACCAAGGUUUUUCUCCUCAAUCAUCUGACUAACUUGCAUGGAGUAUCACGUUAUUCAGAACCCACGCUGUUCUCGGUGCAGGUCUGCCGCUUUUGACUAGAUAGGUAGGUUUUUGCAGAAGUGACUUUUCGUAGCAGGUUAGGAGAACUUACGCAAGAUAAUUAGGUUAAGGUUAGAAAAAGGGUUAGCUAAAAUCCAAAAAACGAUCCCCAACAUGACUCAAACCAGGAGAGAAUGACUGACCCCUCUCAAUGAAGCCACGGAAGUUCAUGGCCGACCGCGGUACUGCAGGCAUUGUUAGCAGAAAACAGGAUCCCCCAUUAUAGUUAAUGGAAAAAUGGCAAUCCUCAUGGUACCAAUAAUUGCUUCUAAUUCACCAGAUAUAUGUUCUGGAACCAAUUAUUUUAAAAUCACACACAGAUGAAGUAAUAAGGGUAAUUUAGUUGCUAAUGGCAGCCUGCAGUUCCUCGGUCGGCCUUCAACUUGAGUUACUCAGUGAGAGGGGGCAGCACUGAGCUAGCCUGCAACGUCACUUCCUGGAGUAGCUCAAACUGUGCAUGUUAUGUCUCCGUGAGACGCCAUCUUUAACCGACUUCAUUUGGCUUCAAUGUGAUAUUGAGUCUUCACAUAGGAAUGAAAUGGUGUCACGUGACCAAUGGCUUUUGUCCAUUCAUAGGCCUGCCCUGAGAACCCCCAACGUUUCCACUAAUGCGAGUCUGCCACUUCCAUGUUCAUACUGUGCUCUCUCUCUCUCUCUCUCUCUGUCUCUGUCUCUGUCUCUGUCUCUGUCUCUGUCUCUCUCACUCUCUCUCUCUCUCUCUCUCUCUCUCUCUCUCUCUCUCUCUCUCUCUCUCUCUCUGUCUCUGUCUCUCUCACUCUCUCUCUCUCUCUCUCUCUCUCUCUCUCUCUCUCUCUCUCUGUCUCUCUCUCUGUCUCUCUCUCUCUCUCUGUCUCUCUCUCUGUCUCUGUCUCUGUCUCUGUCUCUCUCUCUCUCUCUCUCUGUCUCUCUCUCUCUCUCUCUCUCUCUCUCUCUCUCUCUCUCUCUGUCUCUCUCUCUCUCUCUUCUCUCUCUGUGUAGGUGGGAUGUAAGGCAGGGGUUGUCUUCUUCCAGUACGGCAUCAUGACCAGCUACUUCUGGCUACUGGUCGAAGGCCUCUACCUGCACACCAUAUUGGCUGUCUCCUUCUUCUCCGAGAGGAAGUACUUCUGGUGGUACAUUCUGAUUGGCUGGGGUAGGUGUCACGGUGACAUAUCUCCAACUGUGUCUUCAAUCCCAAUUAGGAUUAUAUGCAAUGUGUGGCUGAGAAUUUUGAUUUGAUUUUUGAUUAUUAUAUUCAGGCGUUUUUUUUUUAAGGAGACGCCAUAUGUCAAUGAUUUUGCUUCUACUUGCAUAAGCCUAGCGCGAUUUUGAUACGCUGAUUAUACGUUAGAUUAACAUUACUUCUAGAGUAACUACCACUUCCAGACGCUUUUGUUGUUGUAUACCUAAGACAUCCAGUCCUACUCGUCCAAACCUGAUCACUGAUAGCCAAAUGGCAGUGUGACCAUGUAUUUACAGAAUUUCAAGAAGAUUUUAAGUAAAGGCCAUUUCUGGAUAAAAACACUCCAGAGAUGAUCAACUGGAGAUCCUUGUUUUUAAGUAUUUACUUACAGAGCAGUAAUCUGAAAAGUAAAAGUAGAAUGUAAUGCUGGUUGUUGUUCUUUUUUCUACUAGACUGAUUGAAAUGCCAUGUGCUUGUGUUAGAAUAUCAUUUUUAACAUUGUGUUUGAAAAGUGAUGAAUUGAAUUGAUAGCAUUGUGUUUGAACAUUGUGUUGGUCUAGACUGGACCAAACGAAUGAAUAUUUAAAUCAAAUCAAAGUUUGUGUUUCUACUAGCUCCAUCAGUGCAGUAAUAAUAAUAAUAAUAAUAAUAAUAAUAAUAAUAAUAAUAAUAAUAAUAAUAAUAAUAAUAAUAAACUAUAUACACAAUCCCAAAAAAAUUAAGUAUCAGAACAAGCAAUGUCAGAGACCAGGAUAUAUAAAUAGAGAUACACUGAGUUGACAAAACAUUAGGAACACCUGCUCUUUCCAUGACAUAGACUGACCAGGUGAAUCCAGGUGAAAGAUAUGGUCCCUUACAUUUACAUUACAUUUUAGUCAUUUAGCAGACGCUCUUAUCCAGAGCGACUUACAGUUAGUGAUUACAUAUAUUUUUUUUUUAUUUUUUUUUUAUACUGGCCCCCCGUGGGAAUAGAACCCAUAACCCUGGCGUUGCAAACGCCAUGCUCUAUCAACUGAGCUACAUCCCUGCCGGCCAUUCCCUCCCCUACCCUAGACGACGCUGGGCCAAAUAUGCGCCGCCCAUGAGUCUCCCGGUCGCGGCCGGCUGCGACAGAGCCUGGAUUCGAACCAGGAUCUCUAGUGGCACAGUUAGCACUGCGAUGCAGUGCCUUAGACCACUGCGCCACUCAGGAGUUGUUAUUAUUGUUAUUAUUAUUAGUUGUUAUUGAUGUCACUUGUUAAAUCCACUUAAAUCGGUGUAGAUGAAGGGGAGGAGACAGGUUAAAGAAGGAUUUUUAGGCCUUGAGACAAUUGAGACAUGGAUUGUGUAUGUGUGCCAUUCAGAGGGUGAAUGGGCAAGACAAAAGUUUGAAGUGCUUUUGAACGGGGUAUGGUAGUAGGUGCCAGGUGCAUCGGUUUGAGUGUGUCAAGAACUGCAACACUGCUGGAUGUUUCACGCUCAAAGUGGGUAAAACAGCAUGGAAACAUUAUUAAAGUGACCAGUGUUCAAUGACUAGAAUACAGUAUAUACAGUGGGGGAAAAAAGUAUUUAGUCAGCCACCAAUUGUGCAUGUUCUCCCACUUAAAAAGAUGAGAGAGGCCUGCAAUUUUCAUCAUAGGUACACGUCAACUAUGACAGACAAAAUGAGAUUUUUUUUCUCCAGAAAAUCACAUUGUAUGAUUUUUUAUGAAUUUAUUUGCAAAUUAUGGUGGAAAAUAAGUAUUUGGUCAAUAACAAAAGUUUCUCAAUACUUUGUUAUAUACCCUUUGUUGGCAAUGACACAGGUCAAACGUUUUCUGUAAGUCUUCACAAGGUUUUCACACACUGUUGCUGGUAUUUUGGCCCAUUCCUCCAUGCAGAUCUCCUCUAUCUGGGGCUUUCUCCUCUAACACGGACUUUCAACUCCCUCCAAAGAUUUUCUAUGGGGUUGAGAUCUGGAGACUGGCUAGGCCACUCCAGGACCUUGAAAUGCUUCUUACGAAGCCACUCCUUCGUUGCCCGGGCGGUGUGUUUGGGAUCAUUGUCAUGCUGAAAGACCCAGCCACGUUUCAUCUUCAAUGCCCUUGCUGAUGGAAGGAGGUUUUCACUCAAAAUCUCACGAUACAUGGCCCCAUUCAUUCUUUCCUUUACACGGAUCAGUCGUCCUGGUCCCUUUGCAGAAAAACAGCCCCAAAGCAUGAUGUUUCCACCCCCAUGCUUCACAGUAGGUAUGGUGUUCUUUGGAUGCAACUCAGCAUUCUUUGUCCUCCAAACAAGACAAGUUGAGUUUUUACCAAAAAGUUCUAUUUUGGUUUCAUCUGACCAUAUGACAUUCUCCCAAUCCUCUUCUGGAUCAUCCAAAUGCACUCUAGCAAACUUCAGACGGGCCUGGACAUGUACUGGGUUAAGCAGGGGGACACGUCUGCCACUGCAGGAUUUGAGUCCCUGGCGGCGUAGUGUGUUACUGAUGGUAGGCUUUGUUACUUUGGUCCCAGCUCUCUGCAGGUCAUUCACUAGGUCCCCCCGUGUGGUUCUGGGAUUUUUGCUCACCGUUCUUGUGAUCAUUUUGACCCCACGGGGUGAGAUCUUGCGUGGAGCCCCAGAUCGAGGGAGAUUAUCAGUGGUCUUGUAUGUCUUCCAUUUCCUAAUAAUUGCUCCCACAGUUGAUUUCUUCAAACCAAGCUGCUUACCUAUUGCAGAUUCAGUCUUCCCAGCCUGGUGCAGGUCUACAAUUUUGUUUCUGGUGUCCUUUGACAGCUCUUUGGUCUUGGCCAUAGUGGAGUUUGGAGUGUGACUGUUUGAGGUUGUGGACAGGUGUCUUUUAUACUGAUAACAAGUUCAAACAGGUGCCAUUAAUACAGGUAACGAGUGGAGGACAGAGGAGCCUCUUAAAGAAGAAGUUACAGGUCUGUAAGAGCCAGAAAUCUAGCUUGUUUGUAGGUGACCAAAUACUUAUUUUCCACCAUAAUUUGCUAAUAAAUUCAUUAAAAAUCCUACAAUGUGAUUUUCUGGAAUUUUUUUUCUCAAUUUGUCUGUCAUAGUUGACGUGUACAUAUGAUGAAAAUUACAGGCCUCUCUCAUCUUUUUAAGUGGGAGAACUUGCACAAUUGGUGGCUGACUAAAUACUUUUCCCCCCCCCACUUUACAUAUGAAGUGGGUAAAACAGUAUGUAAACAUUAUUAAAGUGACCAGUGUUCAACGACUAUGUUCAUAGGGCAGCAGUCUCUAAGAUGCAGGGUGGAGUACCAGGUGGUAGCCAGCUAGUAGCAGUGACUAAGGCCUAGAUGCCUAUACGGUGUUAUACUUUGUCUGCAUGCCCCAUGACACAGAUACCUGUAUCGUAAUCUCUUGGCAAUAACUUUUUUUUAAUGAACUCACACAGUUUGUUGACUAUUUUUUGUUAUUUUUUUGUUCUCUGAUAUUCACAGGGGCCCCAACCGUUUUUAUCACUGCUUGGGUAGUUACAAAGGCCUAUUUAAAACACGCUGGGUAAGUUCACUGUUAUUUUGUUUUAUUUGUUUGUUUUGUUGUUUGUUCAUCUAGAAGUCUAGUCGUUUUUCUGUGACGCCGUGUUCCACAUUGCAAUUGAAAUGUAUCUCAGCAGGCGAUGGAUGUAUGCUAGAAACGAAACGCUCACAGAAACGCUCACAGAAAAUGCCAUCAAUGUACUAUAAUAAAAUAUGAACCAUGGCAAACAUUCUACUACACUUUCUCGUACACUCUCCGAAAAAAAAUAAAAGGUUUAGGGUACAGACGCUUGUCACUGCAGUCUUUUGUACCUUUAGUUAUAGAUACGUAAGUGUACCCUUGCAGUUCGUACCUUAAAAGAGCCAAUAGUGUACUUUAGGGCAGGGUUUCCCAAACUCGGUCCUGGGGCGCCCCCUGGGUGCAUGUUUUGGUUUUGUCCCUAGCACUAUACAGCUGAUUCAAAUAUCCAAGUCAUCAUCAAGCUUGGGCAGGACCAAGUUUGGGAAACGUAGGGGACAAAGAUAGUACCUUUCUUACAUAUACAGUGCCUUCAGAAAGUUUUCACACCCUUUGACUUUUUCCACAUUUUGUUGUGUUAUAGCCUGAAUUUAAAAUUGAUUAAAUAGAGAUUUUUUUGACACUGGCCUACACACAAUACCCCAUAAUGUCAAAGUGGAAUCAUGUUCUUAGGAACUUUUAACAAAUUCAUAAAAAAUGUGAAAUGUCUUGAGUCAAUAAGUAUUCAACCCCUUUGUUAUGGCAAGCCUAAAUAAGUUCAGGAGUAAAAAAUGUGCUUAACAAGUCACAUAAUAUGUUGCAAUAACAGUGUUUAACAUGAUUUUUUAUCUCUGUACCCCACACAUACAAUUAUCUGUAAGGUCCCUCAGUCGAAAAAAAAAAAAUGUGGCAAAGAAAUUCUGUUUUUGUGCUGAAUACAAAGUGUCAUGUUUGGGGCAAAUCCAAUACAACACAUUACUGAGUACCACUCUCCAUAUUUUCAAGCAUAGUGGUGGCUGCAUCAUGUUUUGGGUAUGCUUGUAAUCGUUAAGGACUGGGGAUAAAAAAGAAAUGGAAUGGAGCUAAGCACAGGCAAAAUGUGUAGAAUUGCACAAAAUAAACUCAAAAACUCAAAAAAAUGUAUCUGUGUGUUUUUGCAUGCAUAUAUUCUAUAUUGAAACAAACUAUUCUAUGUUUUUUCUAUAUUAAAACAAACUAUUCUAAAACAUCUACCUGCAAUACAGCAUGCUGGGAAAUAUGAUAUGAUGGUUGUUGUUUUUGAUGUGUGAUGAUUGUACCUUUUAUAUUCAGAAUACUGGGUACAAAAAUGUACCACUAUACUAGAUUAUCCACACAUGUACCCUAAAAGGUACCAAACAGUACCAUUAUACUAGACCCUAAAAGGUACCAAACAGUACCAUUAUACUAGACCCUAAAAGGUACCAAACAGUACCAUUAUACUAGACCCUAAAAGGUACCAAACAGUACCAUUAUACUAGAUCCUAAAAGGUACCAAACAGUACAUUAUACUAGACCCUAAAAGGUACCAAACAGUACCAUUAAUACUAAGACCAAAACAUGGUACACAAAACAAGUACCAUUAUUAGACCCAAGAAACGACCUACUACUCACCAUGUGAAAUGAUUUGUAAUAAUAACAAUAAGAAGGAGACCAAGAAGGAAGGGAGGAGGAGGAGGGGAGGAGGAGGAGGAGGGAGGAGGAGGGAGGAGGAGGGGAGAGGGGAGGAGGAGGAGGAGGAGGAGAAGGAGGGGAGGGGAGGAGGAGGAAGGAGGAGGAGGAGGAGGGGGAGGAGGGGUUAGAAAGGAGGGGAGAAGGAGGAGGAGGGGAGAGAGGAGGGAGGAGGAGGAGGGAGGAGGAGGAGGGAGGGAGGGGAGGAGGAGGAGGAGGAGGAGGGUAGAAGGAGAGGAGAGGAGGAGGAGGAGGAGAGGGGGAGGAGGAGGGGAGAGGGGAGGAGGGGAGAGGAGGAGGAGGAGGAGGAGGGGAAGGAGAGGAGGGGAGAGAGGAGGAGGGGAGGAGGAGGGAGAAGGAGGGGAGGAGGAGGAGGAGGGAGGGAGGAGGGGAGGAGGAGGAGGGAGUAGAAGGAGGAGGAGAGGAGGAGGGGGAGGGAGAAGGAGGAGAGGGAGGAGGAGAGAAGGAGGAGAGGAGGAGGGGAGGAGGGGAGGAGGAGGAGGGGAGGAGGAGGGUAGAGGAGGAGAAGAGGAGGAGGGGAGGAGAAGGAGGAGGUAGGAGGAGGAGAGAGGAGGAGGGGGAGGAGGGAGGAGAAGGAGGGGGGAGGAGGGGGGAGGAGGGAGGGGGAGAGGAGGAGGGGAGGAGGAGGAGGAGGGGAGAAGGAGGAGAGGAGGAGGAGGGGAGAAGGAGGAGAGGGAGGAGGUGA